AUGCACUGCUUGUCCAUUCUAUCGAUGUCGCGAGAGCUUUGCUCUCUGCAGGCCUACUGCAGCAAUCUCAACAUCGCGGCAGCAUCACGGUCGAGUGCCUGGAGGCUAGCCCUCGCUGCCUUGCGCGCUGCCGCCAAGCCAGAUCUCGUGAGCUUCAACAGCGUGGCUGCGGCCUGCGCCCGAGCCACGAAGUGGCCUCGAGCGCUGCGGCUGCUUGGAAACCUCAGGGCAGCCGCUUUGCAAGCGGACCAGCGCACCUGGACACCCCUGCUGCCGUUGCUGCCUUGGCCUCGUGCUCUGCAAGUUCUCGGAGAUCUGGAAGAGCGUUCUCUGCUGGAUCCACCCCUGCUGGCUGCCGCGCUGGCAGCUACGGCUCGGGCACACGCUUGGGCUGCGACGCUCCAGCUGCUAAACCAACUGCGUGCUCGGGACGGAGGAGGGCGAGGCUUCGGCUUCGGCUUCGCAGGGCUCAGUGCGGCCAUCCGUCUCGCAAGAGCCUCGCGGUGGCCAGAAAGUCUCGGCCUCGUGCAAGAAUCUCGAGACAUGGGGCGUUUGCAAAGCGAUGUCGUUCUGCUGCCGACCUGCCUCCUUGCUUGCAGAGCCGGGGCAUUGUGGCAGCUUGGGCUCUGCCUGCUUCAAGCUGCAGACGGCGCGGAGCUUCGAACUGCGGCCGCACACAACUCGGCGAUCAGCGCCUGUGCCGAAGAGUCGCAGAGGCAGACCGCGCUGCAGCUGCUCGCUGAUGCAGAGCCCCUUGGCAUCCUGGAUGUCACCACCUGCAAUGCUUCGAUCACUGCCUGUGACCGGGGACGUGCCUGGCAGCAUGCGCUAGAAGUCCUGGAAGUUGCGCAAGAGCAGCGUGUACGCACCGAUGCAUUCAGUUCUGCCGCAGCUGGGAGUUCCUGUGCCUCCGCCACCCAGUGGAGCAUGGCGCUGAGCCUCUUCACCAAAGACCUUCCAGGCCCCUUUGCUCUGAGCGCACUCGUGGCUGCUUGUGGCGCCGCACGACGCUGGGAGCAUGGCUUGGCAAUUUGGCAAGGAUGGCACGGCGGAAUGGACCUUGACCACACUUGCCAGAAUGCAGCCCUGCAUCUCUUCGCACCUCUGGGUCGCUGGGUGGCAGCGCUGCAGGUGCUUGAUGCCAUGCGCACUCUGGGUGCAACGGACGCACUCAGUUUGGAGGCGUGUCAAAACUCCUGCGAGGUCGCUGGGGCGUGGCCUCCGAUGCCGCGCCUCUGGCAUGCUGCAGCGAAGGAGGUGACUAGUUAUCGGCGAAUUGUGGAGUUCAACCUGUGUAGCAGUCGUGUUCUGUGGGGCUUCGCACGAUACAUCGCCGGUCUGCAUUCCUCUCGCGACAUGGCAUUGAUGCCUGACCAGGCAGAGCACUUCCGGGGCAUGCUGGCGUGGAUCAGGGGCAAGAGAGAGAAACAAGAUGGACCGACCACCGCUGUUCAAGGGAAAGGCAGCAUUGCUGGUGAAGCCUGGUGCAUCAAGAAAGUUGAGGCUUUUCGGCCCUUUGAUGUUAAGCGCGUGCUUUUUCCCAAGACCACCAGGACAGUUCGGGUUUGCAACGGCAAGAUCCCAUCCUGGAAGUGCGCAGAGAAUGUGCACCGUGCACCGUCAAUUCAUACGCAAGCCCGGUCAGGAAUUUCAGCCGAUGCUGCUCCGCGAGGCGUCCUUUGCUCCAAGUUGCGCAAAGCGGGUCUCAGCGGCUCCGGGCAGGCGUAUGCUUUGCUUGGCACAUUGCUGCAACGUCUCCGAGCGAUGGGAGUCUUUACGCUUCGCGACAGGUUGCUUCGACGGCAUGUCUUGGUGGUUUUGGGCUGGCUGAUACAGCUCGACCUCUGCAGCGAGGAGGAUUCAGAGGAAGUUUACUGGAACGCUUCGCUGCUGAAAGGUGCCAGGUAUGGUUUUCGAGGCGAUGUCAGAUGCUAUCAUCCUCAUGAUGUUCUGAUGAUGACAAUGGGCGAGGGCACAACUGCAGGCGAGGGCGCAUCUACAGGUGAGAAGAUGCUAAAGCGGAAGAGCUGGCUGCUUCGGGAUGUUUGCUGUUCGCAGGGCCGGACUGGCCCGUGCUGGAGCGGUCCGUUCACCUUCCAGCGCUGCUGCGUGAAUGCUCCUGGCCCUGGUGGAGCAGCGGCUGGUGCUGUGUGGGACUUCAGAAAGGAGUCGCAAUGCUGGCCAUCUUCCGCCAUAAUGCGGACAUGCUGCAGUCUCCGUCUACCGCAGCUCUGCGCUUCAGUUGCAUGGCCUCGAAAUGGAGAGCCCUGGACCUCAGCCGAGAGUUUCAGUGUCAAGCUGACGGACCUCGUUCUCCUUGGGCCAAGGGGGCACAUGGAAGGAUGUUGCAAGGAGGCAAAGCCGGCGAGCGGGGCGCCGAGCGAGCGCAGGCCGGAGCCCUGGCUGAAGGGCUGUCACCGGAGGCUCUAUGCUGAGGAGGCGAUCUUGCAGUUCCAGGGCCAGUGUCUCGGAGUUCCCCGGCUGCGCCCCGACCAGCUCGGCGCCUUGGUGGCCUACUACCACCACACUGGAGAUGUGCUGCCCAACAUGGUAGAAAUCCAAGAAGGCCUGUUGUCGCGAAAAGUGGAUGGGCUGGAGAUGUGCGCUCCCUCGAUGAUGCUGGCUCGGCUGUUAGAGGUGGAGAGAGACAGCAUCUCGCUUCCCCCCAUGGAGACGAGGUUAGCCUUGACGAACUUGCGCAUCUUUUGGGAACGGCUAGAGGAAGGCUUCGGCGUCUCCCCUAUCUCCAAGCCGGGAGCUCCGCCUCUGGGCCCUGGCCAUGAGGUGCCCUGGCUCUUGUCCGCGGGUCCCGCAGGCGAUUGGCUGAAUGUAACAAGAAGCAGCAUCAGGAACAGCUUCAUGCGAAUCGAGUCCCAGGCAAAAGAGCUGGAGUCCCUAGCUGUCUACAGGAAAAAGCACGGCUUCAAGGUGAACGUGGUGCUGCCGGUCUGUGGCGAUAAGGAUGACACGCACCUCGACGAAUUGGAGCGUGUGGUGCUGCAGGAGACCCGGCCUUUGAAGGAGGUGCUAGAUCUCUACAUCUACGAUGUCUGCUUUGCUUUCUGCGAAUCGGCUGCAUACGGCCUACAAAACGAGGUGGAGCUGGAGCUGGACCUCCAGAGCGGCUCGGAGCGACCAGGCUCGCCAUACGCCCUGCUGGACUUGCCUCCUCCGCUGCUGCGGGUGGCGCGGUAUUUCAGGCGAGCCUUUGUGGUGCCCUUCUUCGAGGAGAUGGCUACGGGCGAGGUCGCUCCGAACUUGCACCAUGUGGCACGGCACUACGACGAUCUUCCAGAUUUUAUGAUGAUUCUCCACCCGGAUGGCUAUGAGCAUAUCCCGAUCUUGUCCUUCGUGGCGUUGCUCAACUCCCUGGCCCUGAGGCUCUUUCCUGAUGUGGGCUUUUUGCACCUGGGCCGCCGGUUCAAUGGGCCAGUCGACGCGUCAGGACGUGUGGGCAGUGAGAUCCAGAGCUACUGCCGGAUGCGUGUUCCCAGCAAGGGCUCUGCGGCCCGCUCCGUCUUUCGAGGGGAUUCCUUCCUCGAGCGAUACACGAUGCGGACACCCUCAGGUCGCUACUGUCAGUGGGUCGAAGUCGCCUGGGAGCUCCUCUUCGACCGGCCUCCACAGCUUCCCGAGGACGACUACGGCGGCUACGACUUUGCGCAGUACAUCGCGAGCCGAAGAGCCGCUGAGAGCAGGCCGAAGGCCUUCUGGCAAAACGCUUGGCGCUCCCUCUGCAGUGCCAGCAACUACCAGCUGCUGCUUGGAACCAAGUUUAUUUCUUGGAAGGAGAUCACUGACACAGAAGGAAAGCGCAGGCUCUUUGGGUUUCACAAGGGCCUGACAACGGCCUUCGAGCAUUUGUAUCACGUGAUCUUCAAUCCGGAAGCCAAGACCUGGCGGUGGCCAACCCGGCCGCGCAAUCCGUCGCUUCCGCUGGGCCUGAAGCUCACGAAGGGCGGACUCGGAGUGGGCAACCUGAGACAGCUCCGGGCAUACCGCUGGGCACCACAUCAGCCUCUCUAG